CUUUUCUCCUUACUUCAAAGCUGACAUUUUAUUUUAUUUUUCUUGUUUCUUGGCAAAAAAUGGCCGAGGGAAUGUUCAAAGCAUUGUUGUUGGCUUUUGCCACGGUGAUUGUAAUGGCCGAGGUGGUUCAUGGACAACUAGUGCCUUGCUAUUUCGUUUUUGGAGACUCAGUCUUCGACAAUGGUAACAACAAUGACUUGAACACCAUAGCCAAAGUCAACUAUUCACCUUACGGUAUUGAUUUCGCUAGAGGCCCGACCGGCAGGUUCAGCAAUGGUCGUAAUAUUCCCGACUUUAUCGCUGAACUAGUGAAAUUCAAUAAUAACAUUCCACCAUUCACCAAAGCAUCGACCGAACAAGCUCACACCGGGAUAAACUACGCUUCUGGUGGUGGUGGAAUUCGUGAAGAAACUAGCCAACAUUUGGGUGAAAGAAUCAGUUUCGGACAACAAAUAAAGAAUCACGAGACGAUGAUUGUGACGGCGCAAGUUCCACAGGAGAAGCUGAAGAAGUGUCUAUACACAAUUAACAUUGGAAGCAAUGAUUAUCUCAACAACUAUUUCAUGCCACCUCCGUACACUACCAAUGGCAAUUUCAAUUUCGAUCAGUAUGCUGAUUCUCUCAUUCAAAGUUAUCGCUCUUAUUUGAAGUCAUUGUACGUCCUAGGAGCAAGGAAGGUGGCGGUGUUUGGAGUGAGUAAGCUCGGGUGCACGCCGCGUAUUAUCGCCUCCCACGGUGGUGGUAACGGCUGCGCUGCUGAAGUGAACAAAGCGGUCGAACCUUUCAACAAGAAGCUCAAAGAUCUCGUCUUUGAAUUCAACAGAAACUUUGAUGGUGCUAAAUUCACCUUCGUUGAUCUCUUCAGCAGCCAAAAUUCUAUUGAAUAUUUCUUGUCAGGGUUUACGGUAAGAGACAAGAGUUGUUGUACGGUAGAAUCAGGGCAAGAGCUUUGUGCGGCAAAUAAACCGGUUUGUUCGGCUCGAGAACGGUACGUGUACUGGGACAAUGUCCAUAGCACAGAAAAAGCCAAUGAGGUGGUGGCAAAGGCUGCGUUUGCCGGACUCAUUACGUCUCCUUACAGCAUUUUACUGCUUACUAUAUAAUAUACACACGUAUAUCGGGACAACAUAUUCUAAAAGUAUACAUGUAUAUAUAUUUAAAUAAAAAAACAAACAACCCAUUGUAAGUCAAAU